AUGAGCACACUGUUCUGUGCCAUGGAAGGUGCCAGCUCUGCUUGCCAGGACCAGCCCAACGGGACGGUGUAUAACAGCAGCUGGCACCACAGCCUGGGGGAUGAUGAGCACACCUGGAGUGACUGUGGAGCUGGUCACUUCAGCAGAGUGGCUGCCACACUGCUCGCCUGCUCCUGCGGGCUGGCAGGGAACGGAGCUGUGCUGUGGUUCCUCUGCUGCCGUGCCUGCAGGAGCCCCAGCACCGUCUAUGUCCUCAACCUGACCACUGCCAACUCUGCCUUCCUCCUCUCCAUCACCACUGCCCUCCUGAUGUUUUACACCCCAGAGUGCCUCUGCUGCAGGCUGGGCUCACAGGAUGUGACAACUCUGUUGAACAUCACCAUCCUCUUCACUUUCACCGCCAGCAUCUACCUCCUGGUGGCCUUCAGUGCCGUGGUAACUCUGUCCACCCUCCCCUCAUCCUGCUGCCCCUGCCACUGCCACUUGCCACUGAUUGUGUGUGCCCUGCUCUGAACCCUUUCCUUCAUCCUCAUCAUGACCCUUUACUUCUACCCUGCAGCAGUCAUGGUCCUCAUCCUGAGUUACUUCUUCUCAGUGCUUAUCCUGUCUAUUUCUGGUCUAAUCCUGCUUGCCAGGGUCUUGUGCUGCUCUCAGCAACACCUCCCAAGGAAGCUCUGUGUUGUGGUCCUGAUAACUGUCAUCUUCUUCCCCUUCUUGACUGCUGAUUUUUGGUGCUGGCUCCUGCUGAGGCUGUUUGACUUGUCUGGUUUUGCCUUUGACACAUCUCUCCUGCUGGCCUGUGUGAACAGCACCAUCACCCCUGUCUUCUUCUUCCUUGGGAGCUGGGCAAAUAGGUUCACGUUCUCUGGUAAGGUUUCUUCCCAGGGGGCUUUUGAAGAUAUAACAGAGCCCCUAAAGGGAGGCAAAGCUCCCACAGACAACCCAAUGGAAAUGAAUGUUUAA